AUGGGCGACUGGGGUUUCCUGGAGAAACUGCUGGACCAGGUACAGGAGCACUCGACUGUGAUUGGGAAGAUCUGGCUCACCGUGCUCUUCAUCUUCCGCAUCCUCAUCCUGGGCCCGACGGUCUACGAGGACGAGCAGACCAUGUUCAUGUGCAACACCCUCCAGCCGGGCUGCAACCAGGCGUGUUACGACAAAGCCUUCCCCAUCUCCCACAUCCGCUACUGGGUGCUCCAGUUCCUCUUUGUCAGCACCCCAACCCUGAUUUACCUUGGCCAUGUUGUCUAUCUCUCCCGGAAGGAGGAGAAGCUGAAACAACAGGAGAGUGAGCUUCGGGCCAUCCACAGCAAGGACCCGAAAAUCGAGCAGGCCCUGGCAGCCGUGGAGAAGAAGAUGUCCAAGAUCUACGUGACAGAGGACGGGCGCCUCAAGAUCCGAGGGGCACUGAUGUGGACGUAUAUCAUCAGUGUGAUCUGCAAGACCAUCUUUGAGAUCGGUUUUUUAGCCGGGCAGUAUUUCCUCUACGGUUUCAACGUGCCGGCCAUCUUCGAGUGCGACUGCUGCAUCUCCCGCCCCACUGAGAAGAGCAUCUUCAUCAUCUUCAUGCUGGUGAUGGGCCUGAUCUCCUUAAUCCUGAACCUCCUGGAGCUUUUUCAUCUCUGCUGCAAGAACAUGCUUAGCAACGUCAAGAAGGUGUCGGGGCCGGUCGGCUUGAGC